UGACUAUCGAGUCUUUCUCCUCGCAAAGCGGUUGGAAUCAGACCUGUUGCACGCAUCGAGUGCAUCCAGUCGUCCUUCCUGGGCUUACGUAAGCACUUGUGGCCUCCAUGUUGUAGACCGCAACAUCCAACGUUCAUCAUCGCCACAACAGCCAUGAAACUGUCCAUCUAUCUCGCCGCAGCUCUGUGUGGUCUAUCAAGCUCAGCAGAUAACGGACAAGCACCGCUCGUCUACGAGCAGUCGGGCUCGAACAUCAAGAAUGUGGCGAUUAUCGGUGCUGGAGCUGGAGGCGCCUCAUCCGCCUAUCACUUGGCCAAAUUCGCCGCUUCGGCUGGGAGACCAGUGAACAUCACCGUCUUCGAGAGGAACUCUUAUAUCGGCGGACGAAGCACUACCGUUGACGCGUAUGACGACCCAAACUACCCGGUGGAGCUUGGAGCAAGUAUCUUUGUCGAAACUAAUCACAUUCUCUUCAAUGCGACCAAGGAGUUUAAUCUAUCAACAAACGCCUUCAUCACCCAGUCAGAUAUCCCCGGCGCCGGUCUAGCUGUUUGGAAUGGCGAGGAGUUUGUCAUUACUCAAAGCGGUGGAAGUGGGUGGUGGGAUAUCGCAAAACUCUUCUGGAGGUAUGGUCUUGGUCCGAUGAAGACCAUGCGUCUAGUCAAGGAGGUUGUCGGCAAGUUCCUCGAGAUGUACGACGAGCCGGCUUUUCCUUUUCAAUCUCUCACCCAAGUGGGUCAGGAUGUUGGCCUUCUCGCAGUAACAGCUGCAACUGGCACGCAGUAUCUGGAAGAGAAUGGCAUCACCGGUGAUUUCGGGCAGGAGAUUGUGCAAGCAAGCACAAGAGUCAACUAUGCCCAGAAUCUGGACUACAUCCAUGGUCUGGAGGCAAUGGUGUCCAUGGCAGCUGAGAAUGCGCAAGCCGUAACGGGAGGCAAUUGGCAGAUCUUCGCCAGCAUGAUCCAGGCAUCGCAAGCUACUGCCUUGCUUGAGACGUCAGUCAUUGCAAUCGAGAAGACUAAACAUGGUCGCUAUCAGCUUCGAUUCAGCGAUGCCGGGACGGAAUCAUCGGCAGAUCCUGGGUCUCAAACUUUCGACGACGUGGUACUCGCAACUCCAUACCAAUACUCUAACAUCAGCCUCCCCGAAGAGCUCACAGCGCCGGAUACGAUCCCGUAUGUCCAGCUGCACGUGACGCUCUUCACCUCACCUCACCUCCUCUCACCGAGCUUCUUUGGGCAGAAACCAGACAACCCAGCGCCGCGUGUAGUCCUAACCACACUGCCGAAACGUGAGGAGCCAGCGAGCGGAUCAGAGGGAGUCGGAAGCCCUGGCUUUUUCAGCAUCUCCCUGCUUCGACAAGUCACCAACCCCAAAAGCAGUCGCCCGGAGUAUCUGUACAAGAUCUUCUCCGCCGCUCCGCCAAACUCGACGUUCCUGCACAAUCUGCUCGGCGUGGAGCAUGAGGACGGCGACGAGAUUGAGGAGUCAAAGAAUCGCCCUAUCACCUGGUGCUACCGUAAGGUGUGGAACAGCUAUCCAUACGAAUUCCCUCGCGUAACGUUCGAACGGAUAGAGCUGGGCAAGAACCUUUGGUAUACGGGAGCGAUGGACAGCUUCAUCAAUGGCUUGACGACGACCACGGAACAGCUGGCCAGACUUAACAUACCGGCCGAGACCGAAUCUAGGUAAUGAAUGCGUUCCUAAUACGAGUCAUGAUACAAUCCGAUGCAGAGUCGAUCGUCGCGAUCUCUAUGAACCGUCAA